AUGAAUAAAGAAUCAGGAGCUAAAACUUAUAAAGCAAACUAAGGAUAAAAAUCAAGAAAUUAAGCAAAAUUAUCAAAGACUGAAAGGGAAUUCAAUCAUAAAAUUGUAAUAGAGCAUAAAUUAUAAAAUAAAAAAGAUAAAUAAAAUCUUUAGAAGUAUCUAAAAAAAUAAAAUGGCAAAUAUAUAGAGAACAUCUCUUGA